AUGGGGAGAGCUGGGGUGGGGCCACACCGGGUGACAUUGGAGUCAGUGGAGGCCUCAGAAUUGUCCCUUAAACACACAGGUGUGGAUGUGAGGUGGCAGUGGGCUGUUGAGCUGGAGUUUGCGGAACCAGGAGUGGAGCGCCACCCAAGGGCAGCAGAAAGGAUACUCAAGCAAGGAGCAAGUUUGCCUUGCCUUCGCCUUCUUGUUCCAUUCCGGCCCUUACUGCGCUCAGUGAGGCCACUUGCAUCGGUGAAGGAGAGGAGUUCAUUACUUCGGAAGUGGUACGAUUUAAUGAUGCAAAAUAAGGAUGACCUUGCCAAAAUUAUCACAGCCGAGAGCGGAAAGCCACUAAAGGAGGCACAGGGGGAGAUCCUCUAUUCGGCCAGCUUCCUAGAGUGGUUUUCGGAGGAAGCUCGCCGCAUUUAUGGAGACAUUAUCUCUACUGCUGCCAAGGAAAGGCGGGCCCUGGUCCUCAAGCAGCCCCUGGGUGUGGCCGCAGUCAUCACACCUUGGAAUUUCCCCAGCGCUAUGAUCACCCGGAAAGUGGGGGCUGCCCUGGCAGCCGGCUGCACUGUGGUGGUGAAACCUGCGGAGGAUACGCCCUUCUCCGCCCUGGCCCUGGCCCAGCUCGCAAACCAGGCAGGCAUCCCUUCCGGCGUGUACAACGUAGUCCCCUGCUCCAGAACCAAGGCCAGGGAGGUUGGGGAGGUGCUCUGUACCGAUCCGCUGGUGUCCAAAAUCUCCUUCACUGGCUCUACAGCCACGGGAAAGGUCCUGUUGCACCACGCAGCCAGCACAGUGAAGAGGGUCUCCAUGGAGCUAGGUGGCCUGGCCCCAUUCAUCGUCUUCGACAGUGCCAACGUGGAUCAGGCUGUGGCAGGGGCCAUGGCAUCUAAAUUUAGGAACGCUGGUCAGACUUGUGUUUGCGCAAACCGAUUCUUGGUGCAAAAGGGUAUCCAUGAUGCCUUUGUAAAAAAAUUUGCUGAAGCAAUUCAGAAAAGCCUGCGUAUAGGGAAUGGAUUUGAGGAGGGAACUACUCAAGGCCCAUUAAUUAAUGAAAAAGCAGUAGAAAAGGUGGAGACGCACGUGCGCGAUGCGGUCUCCAAGGGGGCCACCGUGGUGACAGGCGGGAAGCGGCACCCGUGUGGAAGAAACUUCUUCGAGCCCACCCUGCUCAGCAACGUCACCGGGGACAUGCUCUGCUCUCAGGAGGAGACGUUCGGGCCACUGGCACCGGUUAUCAAGUUUGAUACAGAGGAGGAGGCUAUCGCGAUCGCCAACGCCACUGACGUCGGGUUAGCAGGUUACUUUUACUCUCAGGACCCAGGACAGAUCUGGAGAGUGGCGGAGCAGCUGGAGGUUGGCAUGGUGGGCGUCAAUGAAGGGCUGAUCUCCUCCGUGGAGUGCCCUUUUGGGGGCGUGAAGCAGUCUGGCCUCGGCCGAGAGGGGUCCAAGUACGGCAUUGAUGAGUACUUAGAAGUCAAGUAUGUGUGCUACGGAGGCCUGUAGGAGCCUUCAGUUCCAUAAGAGAGGACGCUUACCGAUGCAAAUGGGGACAUUCCAUCCAUUCUUUUAAAUAACUGGUAGGCUACUGGAGUUAUAAAUGUUUUAGGACCCCCCCCCCGAGUCCUCGUGAUCCUAAGCAAAUGUAAUCCUUUCCUCCCACUCAAGUGGGGGCCAAUGUGUGAGUCCCGACCUGGGGCCAGCCUGGGUCCCCAGCGUGACCUUCCCACCCCGGAGCAAGGCAGUGAGAGGCGGGCUCCCUCGGGGCCAUCGUAAAGCGAGGUCACUGCCCAGGUGUCACAGCCUGGCUCAGGCAUGGGGAGUGACAGGGCAACAGCCUCUUCCUGGCCAUCUGCCAGCUCAGCACUAGGGACACCAUGUAGGAGGCAGGCGCCCGACUGCCCCUGUUGCAGCCUCUGCACAGUCACCUGCACUGCUGUGCUGGAUGCACAGCACUUCUCCAAGUCUGGACUAAAAGUCUUCGCUGUCCCAAAUUCACUGCUUCAGCUUCCUCCUGUUUCCUGUAGAAAUGAGUUUAAGCUGAAAGCAAAGAUUGGCAGAGGCAGGAUGGUUGUGAGGCUCAGAACAGCCCACCCCACACCCUGGAUCCAUUUCUGUCACCUGCAGGGACACCCGCCAGUGGGCAAUGUCUUACUCCUGCCCAUCUGCUGCAGCUGGGUCGGGCUGUCUGUCCUGGUAGUGCCGCUUACUCUUUUACUUCCAAAUGAGCAGAGCACCUCUGGCACUGUGAUCUCAAAAGCAGAAAUAAUUCCCACAAUUUCCAGUCCACUUUGUGGCCUUGAAUUUCAGGUACCAGUUACCUAAUCGGAGCAAUUAUAAUUCAUCACUCAGAACACCCACACAAACAAACUCCCCGUGGCCAGUGUUGGCUGUUCAAUCUGCAAGAAAAACUCCCAUUAGGAAAAUCCUAGGCUCUUCUAGAAAGGCCUCCAUCACUGAGGAGUCCACUCCAGGCCGAACAGGCAGAGGUAAAGCCCUUGCACCGCUCCUUCCUGCGAAUCCUGCCCUGUGGAUACUGCAGGUGGUGGGAGGAAGAUGUGAAUGAAGGUAGCCCUGGAUGCAGCUGUCCCCGAGCCCCAGCCUGUACUCAGUGCCCUCACUGAGCAAUGGUUCGGGGACAGUAUGGAGAAGUAACAACUCACAAGUCCCUGUGUAUAAAGGGACACUUCCAGUCCUGCAGCUGCCACUCACCUGGCCAGCUCAAUACCUGCCAUAUCCCCAAAGCCCAAAGGAGAAGGAGCGGAACUGUGCCUCCUGGCCACACUGCCCAGACCUGUUGAGUCACACCGCAGCGGACAAGUCGCUUCUGCUGUAUAGGUGUCAGGGGGUUUUGGUGUAACAUCAAAUUGCCUAAGAUCUGUUUCUGGCCCUCUCUUCUCUAUUAAGAAUAUAAAUGCUCUGAAGUUUGUCUGAUUUUUGGUACCGGGGAUUGAACUCAGGUCCUUGUGCUUGCAAGGCAGGCGGCAGAACCACUGAGCUAAAUAAAUCCCCAGCCCCUGAAGUUAUUCUCUAGAAAUUAAAUACUGAUGCUGAGAUGUGUGGAGGAAUGCUCUGCAAUACAUUUUUAACUUUGUAAACUAGUGGCCAAAUGGCACAUUUUUAGCUUGUCUUGGAUAUUUGGCUGGCUAGGUACAUAAAUUGAGGAUUGGAGACUCACCGCUGUAUCUUUGACCGAUUUUGUAAUUAAAAUAAUUUGGAAAUACAGGGGGGUUGGCUCUGUGCUUCAUGAGGCCCAAGUCCAGUCCCAGAGGCAUCAAGAUAAAGAAAAGUUAAGGUAAUUUGAAAAGGAAAUAGCUUAUUGUUUAGUAGAAUGAUUUGGGAUCAUGGGAAGAAACAGAUGUAUUUUUAUUUUUUAGUACAUGUGCUGCCAAAGUGAGCCCUACUUCUUUAAUUUUUGGAAGCUGGUGCAGGCUGGCGUUCCUUCCGCCUAGGCUUCCCAAGCAGCUGGGACCAUUAAACUUAUACCACCAGCCCAGCUCAAUGUUUUUUUUUCUUAUUCUUCAAUAAGGAAUGUGAUAUAUGAGAUUUUUUUUUUAGACAAGUAUAUUUUACAACAUGAACAGGAAAAAGACCAUUAUACCAGACGUUGGCAAACUGUAGCCCAUCAGCCCAAUCUGACCUGCCACUAUUUUUGUACAGCCCAAAAGCCAAGGACAUUUUUUAUAUUUUCAGAUGGUUGAGGGAAGGAAUUCUGAAGUUUUUCAUGACACAUGAAAUUCAGACUUCAAUGUUCAUAAAUGAAACACGGCCACAUGUGUUGGUUUAUGGUAUGGGCAGAAGGGAACGGUCUGUCCACGAUGAGUCAAAAGUAUCACUGUGCACUGCCUUCAAGGAGUUUUCCAGUCCCUAUCUAGACUCAGAGAGAAGUGGACCUCUCCCCAUGUCCUGGGCAUUAUUUCCUCCUACUGAAUGCCUGCCAAGGAGAACGUGCUUAGAAGCAGUGCUCCUGGGACUCCCAGCAGCGAUCACAGAACAAGUCUGUGGCCCCGAGAAACCACUUUUCAGCUUCCUCUCUCCAGCUACACAGGGCUCGUCUUUUCCAGAGCUGAUCUGCGCUCGACACUCUACCCGAUCGAGGGGCUUUUAAGUAUGACUUGCCUGUCUUCCCAUGCCUGUCUUUAUGUAGGGACUCAGAUAGAAACGGGUUAGAAGCACCAUGUAACAAAACCUGUUCUCUCAUUAACUGACAUUAUGAACUUGAAAUUGUACCACAGGAUUUGUUUCCUCUAGAGGGUGAAUCCAGGUGUUUUCAUUGCCUUUAUGAAGCUAUUUUAAAUAGCAUUUUACUUGAAUAACUUAUGCUGUGAAUGCUUCAUGCUCUACUUUUUGGUUAAAGUUUGGGGAUAGGAAUAGUGGGUGACAUAAAUGUUGCUUUUUAAAUGUGUACAUAACUCAGUUUUCUAAUUUCUGACAUUGUAUGUAUCUGUGUCCAGUACAGAUUUGUGUGUGUGAUUAAUAAAGUUGAACUGGCACAAUUUACUACUUCUGUGUUG